UUCUCCACACAGAUUAAGGACAACUUUUCAGUUAUACGGCUUUAAAGAGCAACAUGGAGAAAAUCAUCCUAAUAUUCCCUCUGAUAUUGCUGGUGCUGCAUAUACAAGGAGGAGAGUUCUCUAAACGUCCAGUUUGUUUGAUUGCCGAAGCUCCACAGCCGGAAGUCGUGGAGUUCAACAACACAAUCUAUGCCACUUGUGAAGUAACUCCCAGCCCUAAUUUGCCACCUUGCCAGCCAAAGAUCUUUGGGCAAAUCCUCUUCAAGCAGCUCUUCCCCAAUGGAGAUUUAGAAGUGAAAAUCAACCUCCGUGGUUUGCCUGCCAUCGAUCAUCAACAGCGUGCCAUGCACAUCCAUCGGUAUGGAGACCUCAGUCAAGGCAGCAUCACUGUUGGUCCUCAUUACAAUCCAAACGGCGUUGACCACCCUCAUCAUCCUGGAGACCUGGGCAACUUUGCUUCCGAGCAAGGAGUAAUAAGGCAGUUCCUGAAGCUCCCAGACGCCAAGCUCUUUGGGCCUUAUUCCAUUCUGGGACGUGCGGUGGUGGUUCAUGAGAAGGAGGAUGAUCUGGGAAUGGGUUCAGAUGAGGAGAGUAAACGCAGUGGGAAUGCUGGACAGAGAAUUGCUUGCGGUGUGAUUGGUAUUACUACUCCAAGUCUGUGGCAGAAGACUGAACUGCUCCCCAAGAAAAAAUGUGGAGGAGGGAACUGAGAGUCCAAGAUGAGUCGGAUAUGGUGGAAGGGCAGAUUCAAAUAGGAUAAUUAUGAUUUUCCUUGUGUUUUCUUUGUCUGUGUCCUACAUUAAAGCAAUAUUUAAUA